AUGCCUGCCACUCUUUGGAGGAGGUCAUCUGGCCUUUCUUCCUGUGUUACUUGGAUGUAUAGCUUAGAAAUGAUUGCAUAUGCUUCAGAAGUUUGCCGUAAAGAAUAUCAAGCUCUGGGAAUGUCAAUUAUCAGCACAUCAUGGGGUAUUGGAUUAGUCAUUGGUCCUGCUCUUGGAGGAUUUCUUGCUCAGCCCGCAGAGAAAUAUCCAAACAUAUUUUCUACCGAUUCUCUUUUCGGAAGGUUUCCAUACCUCUUACCUUGCCUUUUGAUAUCAAUCUUUUCUCUAGGAGUAAUUGCCGUUUGUUGCUUGCUUCCGGAGACACUGCACAGUCAUGUAGGAAAUGGCGAAGAGUGCAAUGAUUCUGUAGCGCUUGGGGCGGCUGCAUUCGAGUCUAACUCUCCUCGGAAAAGCCUACUGAAAAAUUGGCCCUUGAUAUCAUCUAUUAUUGUGUACUGUGUGUUCCAACUUCAUGAUAUGGCCUAUGCAGAGAUUUUCUCAUUAUGGGCUGUUAGUCCUAGGAAGAAUGGAGGAUUGAGCUUUUCCACUGCAGAUGUUGGUGAAGUUCUUGCAUUUUCAGGUAGUAGAUACCAGCCAGCAUCAUAUAAUUGAUUAAACAUAUAAAAUUUUGUCCCUUGUCAGGUUAACAAUAUCAAUUCCAACGUUGUCAGAUGUUAUGCAUAUAUCACUCACUUCAUCACUUUGUGUUUGGUUAGUGUUCAAGAACUGAAGGGACAUGUAUAAAGAGGCAGGAACAUGUAUAGUUGAAGAGAUAUUUCUGUACUCUCGAGACAUGUCCCUGCUAUUUCUUUUUUUUCUUUUUUUUAUCUGAGACAGAAACCGAAAGCUAUAGAUGUAGGCUUGUCAUUAGUUGUGACUGUGCAUUAUUGCUUCACUUUCUUUUUCCAUUAAUUUCCUUUUU